AUGUAUCUCCUAGAUCUUCUCCGCGUCAUUACAAGGACAGAACCCAGAACGGAGUCUACCGACACCGAGGCUGUUGACGUGUCCGAGGAGAACACGGAACCAACGCCGGUGGUAACCCAGAACGUUGACGCAUCCCAACAAACGGACGACGCGUUUGAAACCCAGAUUCAAAAGGCCCGCGAAGAAGAACUGAUGAAAGAGAUUUCUGAUUUAAAAGACCAACUUCAAACGGCGCACCGUGUUAGCGGUGUAUCGAGACAAAAGGCCGACAAACUCGCGUGGGAUCUUGGCAUCUUUGAAUCAAAAUACCAUCUGGAGAUUGCGGAGCUAACGAGGAAAAGGUCAGAUGAAAUCAUCCGCAAGGAGAUUGAAACCAUGAAAUUUCAAGACGAAUACGACAAUCGAAUCGUUGACUUGGAACUGACCAACACCCAACAGAUGCAACGUAUUCUAGAAUUGGAGAUGGAACAAACUAGUCGUCGACAGCAGCGCGAUCCUGUGUGUGACAAGCGAUCUGGCGAGCUCGAAGCUUCUGUUGCGAAAAUCGAGAGCGUUCAACAACAUCUUUCUUCCAUAGACGUUGUCACAGAGCACGCAAAAUGGACUAUAAACUACGUCCUGGAACAGGUUAAGGUAGAAAUCCCUUCUGCGGCUAGCGAGAGUUCACAACCCGACGAUGAGAAGGAACGAAUGAUCGAAGACACGCAAACCAUCAAGUGCGAAAUGGAAACAGUCAAGUUAGAACUGGAGGACGCGAAGGAGCGACUGAUCAAAGACACUCAAACCAUCAAGUGCGAAAUGGAGUCUGUCAAGGUAGAACUCGUGAAUGCGAAGGAAACCAUUGCCGAGUUGGAACAAUGUCAGAACCGUUUGAUCACUGCUGAGUCGCAAAUGAAGACGAUCACUGAAGGCAAAGACGCCCUUUUGGCUUUGAAAGACGCGGAAUUGAAACAAUUGCGAAAAUCGGCCAAACAGGUUCAGCGUAAAUCUGAAGUGAAGACCCGAGAUGUUGGAUGCGACACGGAGGACCUUCCUCAGCCCGUGAAGGCCAAAGGAAUAGAUGUUGGAUGCUGCACGGACGAUUUCCCUCAACUUGUGAAGCCUAAAAGUCGAGACGUUUCGUGCGACACUGAUGAUCUUCCAUCACUUCCUGAGGCUGGAAAAAAAGACGUUGGAUGUGGCAUCGAUGACCUUGCACCCCUUGCCGCUGCCAAAGAAAUCCAAGGAGCGUCUGCCGAUGAAGGGAAACAAUCAGUCGAUGAAAGUGAGAGACUUACAGAAUUUCGGGAGGUUUCGUCUAGAAAGAAAAAGGCCAAACUUCAGGCUGAAGCAGCAGCUAAAAAGGAGGAACGUGCACCCGAAAAGGACAAGACUCCAGCGGAGUUGGUAUCGAUUUACGAAACUGUGAUGGACGUUAUUUCUCCAUCACAAUUUCCUCCGCUGUCCGGCAAAAGGCCCCCAGGUCAACCUGCCGCUGAUGUCAGACCUGCCCGACAACCUGCCGCUGAUGUCAGACGUGCACGAAAACCUGCCGCUGAUGUCAGACCUGCACGACAACCUGCUGCUGAUGUACAGCCACCAGUUGUUUUCCAGUCAGCUGAUUACAGAUAUAAACAAAAGCCGAUCGAAGGUUACACAGUCAACCUAUCCGAAGGCCGAACAUCGGUUCAUCCGCCAGCUCGACCCCAAGCGAAGGCUGCACCAACUGCUGCGUCAAAUGUCGCUCCUGAGAAGGAGAAGGCUGCCACAGCUAAACCAGCUGCCAGUUUCGCUAUUGUUUCUGGAGAAAUUCCACAAUUGCAAAGUGCGGAUAAAUUGGUACUCUUGGACAUUCAUUACAGAAACUACGGUCGUAUUGUGGGACGAGGAGGUAAAAAUGUCAGACGCCUGGAGGAGACUCACGGAGUCAUGAUGACCUUAGUCCAAAACCAAAAUGCUCUCCAAUUUUACAACUUGAAAAUAUCAGGAGGGAGUCCCGCAAAACGUCGAGCUGCCGCACAAGAAGUUAUCGAAGGUCUGCCGGUGACGAUCGAGUGUUCUAACGUCGACUUAAGGCAACUCCGUCAUCUAAAAAUGCGAAGUUCCGAGACUGAAUUCUUCGUCUCCGUCAGACGCCCGAUGUCACGUGAUGUGAAACUACAACUCUCAGGCCGAAUAAACGACUGCCGAAAAGCUUUCGACCUUCUCGUUAACGGGAGAGAUCCGCGGCCAUCCCCCAAAUAA